GUCCGCGGGUCGCCGCCUGCUGCUGCUGCUGCAGGAGGCGGUGGUGGUGAGCAGUGCGGAGUGGGCGGGUGGUCUCUGUGUGUAGGGGGGGUGGUCUCUGUGUGUAGGGGGGGUAGUCACCUCCCCCGCGCUCAGGCUCCCGUGUCCCCCCCGCCGCCCCCACCGCGCGCGCGUCUGCAAUGGCCCAGUGACGACCAUGGACGCUGCGGGACUGCAGAGACCUCCGCCUCUGCACGGCUCGAGCGAUUUUGCGUCGGACAGCGAUGGCAAGAUGAGCUCGGAGGAGGAGGAGGAAUUCGAGUCCGACUACAGCGACUACUACAAGAGCACGCCGCCGCUGCGUCAGCGGCACGCGCGCCUCAACGCGCUCAACCACAAGAGCGGCCGCGAGGGCCGGCGCCCGGCCACGGCCACGGCCACCGGCGCCGGAGGAGGAGGUGCUGCCGCCGCCACGGGGUCCGGCAAGGGAGCCCGAGGCAAGGGCACGAUGAGCCCCUCGCCGGCGCAGGACUUUGGCGGGCGGCGCCGGUUCCCGUCGGGCGAGCGCGACGACCCCGGCGCCGGCUAUGAGCUCAAGAAGAAGCAGCUGUCCAUGGCGCGCAGCGUGGACCGCGACCGCAAGCAGCUGGGUCACGGUGACCUCGAACGCGACCAGGGGUCGGCGCCCUCACCGGCGCCUCCGCAAGCGCCGGCGCCGCCCGGCCCGGCCAACAUCCCCAACGUGGACCUGCCCAAGCCGUUCCUGUCGCUGGGCUCGAGCAAGCUGGCGGCGCCGCGCCCCAGCCUCGUGCUGCGCCCGCAGCGCCAGAGCUCGCGCACCGACAUGCCGGCCGACCGCCUGCGCUUCUUCGAGACGCUCAAGCUGCUGCUGAUGCUCAACAAGCGCAAGGAGAAGGACCCGGUGACGCCGGGGCGCCUGCCCGGGACCUCCCCCGCCGGCGCGGGCCUCGCGGGCGCCGCGGGCCUCCUGUCGGGCGCGCCGUCGUCCGCCACGUCGUCCGCCGGCGGGCCGCAGCUGCUGUGGCAGAACCAGUGGAACGAGCUGAUCUGGCUGGAGCUGCAGGCCUGGCACGCCAACCGCAGCAUGACGGAGCAGGACAUGUACCUGUACACGGCGCGGCACGCCAUCCCCGAGGUCAUGCAGGAUGUGCUGCACUUUCGCGUCGCGCUCCGACACGUGUCGUGCCGACCGCCGCCUCCGGCCUUCCGCCCGGCGGCGGCGGCGCCGGGCGGCGGCGGCGUCGCGGAGGAGGAGGAGGGCUUAUCGGCGGCCCGUGGCCAAAGCUUGCCGGAGACGGGGGCGGGUCGCACGGGCGCGGACGCCAAGGCAGAGGCGCGGCGGCGGUUGGCGAUGGCGCCGAGCGGCGACGCCGCGUCGGGGAGGCAGCUGCAGCAGCAGCGAGGGACUUGGACAAAGGCCGCGACGGAACGCGGCGCCGAUGACGGCGGCGGCGGACUCGGAAGCGACGCGGGAAUUUCGCAAUCGGCGCCGGGCCGGCUCGCGGCCCCGCCGGCGGCCGCCGGUGACGGCGAGGGAACGGAGGCGGCGGCGGAGACGGCGCCGGCGCGGCGGCGCCGCGAGUCGCCGCCAACGCUCGUGAGCGAAGCGGAGGAGCGGCCGCAACCUCCGCCGCAGCCGCCGCCGCCGCCGUUGCCAAAACCGCCGCCGGCGUCGUUAUCGGCCUCGCCGCCACCGCCGGCGCCGCACCCCGUCUGUAGUCUGCACCACGGGGCGGGCGACCGGCCGCGCUGCUCGCUCGGGUUCCGGCUCAUCGAGCCCGCCCACCUGGAGCUGCAGAAGGAGGCGUGCCAGCAGGUGAAGGCCCUGCUGGAGCAGCUGGACUCGCUGGAGGCGCUGUUCCCUUCGCUGCACGCGCUGCAGCGCGAGUUCCCGCGCUACGCCGCCGCCGACUUCCAGCGGCGAGUCAAGGCGCUGUGCCUGUGGCUGAACGUGACGCGCGACCUCAACCACAAGCUGGGCCUCAUGGGAACCAUCCUGGCCAUCCGCGACGUCCCCGGCAUGGAGUGGCCCGUCUUCGAGGUCACGUCGCCGCACUGGGCCUCCGGAGGGGGGGGGGCCGCCCGUCACGCCGCGUCGGGCGACGGGGGAGCCUCGUCCGGCUCGGAGACUGACGACGAGGACGAGGAGGAGGAGGACGAGAUGGUGGUGGUGGUGGAAGAGGAGGAGGUGGAUGGCAAUGUGGCGACUCGGGGAGGAGCAUCGGCAGCGCCCCGCUGCACCGCCGCCGCCACCACGACGGGCACCAGGCCGCACGUCCGUUUCCAGGAGUCGUUCUUCCGAGGCGGUCGAGCCGACAGCGAGGGAGAGGAGUCGCCCGGGACUCCGGACACGGAGGGGUCGUCCGAGGGGUCGCGGCCGCCCCCCGCGGCGCGCCACACGGCCAUCUACCGCCCCUUCGUGGACAAGGCGCUCAAGCAGAUGGGGCUGCGCAAGUUGAUCAUGCGGCUCCACCGGCUGCUGGACGGCUCGCUCCGCCGCGCCAGGGACGCUCUCAUGCCGGAGGUGCACGGCGAGCAGGACAGCGAGCUGGCGCUGGGCGGCAGCCCCCAGGACUACCUCCCCGAGCUGCUGGAGCGGCUCACCCUGCAGGAGUGCGCCGCCGCCCCUCCGGGCGAGGGGGGGGAGGGGGAGGAGGGGGAGGAGGCGGAUGGGGGAGGGGAGGCCGGGCGCCAGCUGCUGGCCGAGCUGGAGCGCAUGGGCCUGCCGUCGUUCCGGCCCGCGUACCUCGUGCUGUGCCGCAUCCUCCUCAACGUCGUCCACGAAUGCCUCAAGCUGCGCCUCGAGCAGAGGCCCGCGGGGGAGCCCUCGCUGCUCAGCGUCAAGCAGCUCGUGCGAGAGUGCAAGGAGGUGAUCAAGGGCGGCCUCAUCGUGAAGCAGUACUACCAGCUGAUGACGCACUCGGUGCUCGAGGGGGAGCAGCCCGAGCCCGAGCAGGACAUCGACGAGUUCGAGGACGACCUCCAGAAGAUGCUCACCGUGUACUACGAGUACAUCCAGAGCUGGAUCAGCAUGCUGCAGCACCUGCCCCAGGCCUCGUAUGGCCUCAAGAACCUGCUGGAGGAGGAGUGGGGCUUCAGCAAGCAGGUGGUGCCACUCGUGCGCGGGGGAGAGGCGCAGGCCGGCACCCUCUUCUGUGACAUCGCUCGCGAGCUGCUGCAGUCGACGGGCGACUUCCUGCGCCACGGGGCGCGCCGCCUGUGCUCGGAGCUGCACGUGAGCCCCAACGACAGCGUGCAGUCCGACGGCAUCCGGCGCUCCGUGAUCGAGACGUGCCGAGCCGUGAAGGAGCUCUUCCACGAGGCGCGCGAGCGAGCCUCCAAGGCUCUCGGCUUCGCCAAGAUGCUCAAGAAGGAUCUGGGCCUGGCUGCCGAGUUUGUUUUAUCGUCGUCGGUGGAUGAGCUGCUCCAUCUCCUGGCCACGAGCGGCCACGUCAAGGUGCUGCUGGAGGACCUGGAGCCCGUGCAGGUGUUCGUGCCGGCGCCGCUCGGCGAGCACCGGCCGCUGGUGCUGCAGCUGCUCAGCGCCGCCUGCGGGCGCGACUGCUCGGGCCUGGAGGGCCCCGCCGCCGCCGGCGGCUACCUGCUCCUGCUGCGGCCGCGGGGCGGGGCGGGCGGCGACGCCGCUGCCGCCAGCUGCCGGCACCACCGGCACCACGGGCACCACGAGCAGCAGCAGCAGGAGCAGCAGCAGGAGCAGCAGCAGGAGCAGCAGCAGGAGCUGCAGCAGGAGCAGCACCACGGGCAACAGCAGCAGCAGCAGCAGGCCGGACGUGGAAAUGGCAGCGGCGCUGUGGAGGAGCCCGGCGCAAGCGGAGAGGACUUUCUGGCCGCGUACGACGAGGGCGACGAGGGCGGCGGUGAUGGUGGCGUUGGUGGCGGUGACGGUGACGGUGGCGGCGGUGACGGUGGUGGCGGUGGCGGUGGUGACGGUGGCGUUGGUGACGGUGGCGUUGGUGACGGUGGCGUUGGUGACGGUGGCGUUGGUGACGGUGGCGUUGGUGACGGCGGCGGUGGUGACGGUCGCGAGGAGGAACGACGAGACCGGGGUGAAGAGGCACAAAGCCUCGAGGAGGAGAGGAGACGGUGGAGAGAAGAGGGCGACCGGACGGAAAAGGGGAUGAGACUCGGCGAAGAAGCGAGGACGAGGAGGAGGGAAGAGGGGAGCGCCGUGGGUGAGGAGGGGAGCGCCGUGGGUGAGGAGGGGAGCGCCGAGCCGAGCGGCGUCGUGGGUGAGGAGCCGAGCGGCGUGCGACCCCGGGGCGGCGAGGCCGGGGGGGCCGGGGGGGGCGGGGGAAGCGGCCGAGCGGAGUGGUGCGGCCGGACGAUGAGGGUCAGCCUCACCACGGAGACCAUCAACACGCUGCAGGACGUGCAGGUGUGCAGCCUGCUGCUGGUGGCGCUGCACUCGGGCGUGCUGCAGGAGCAGCGCAAGGCGUUCCAGCGCGUCGCCUGCUACGCCGUGCGGCUGCACAGCGAGCAGACGUCCACGCGGCCCGCCAUCGCGCACGCCCUGGAGGCGCUCAAGGUGGAGGCCCUGGGCUUGUGCGACACGAUCAGCGGCUCCAUCGAGGAGGUGAACGCACGCUUCGUGCAGGAGGCCGAGGGCGACAUGGAGGAGGUGGAGCGCUACAGCAUGCAGCAGUACUACAAGGAGACCAUGAUACAGGCGUUCAACUUCGGAUUUGAGUACCACAAGGAGGUGGUGCGGCUCAUGUCGGGCGAGUCGCGGCAACGCGUGGGCGACCACUUCAUCAGCUUCGCCCGCAAGUGGAUGGAGUACGUGCUGAGCAAGUGUGAGAGCGGACGAGGCACCCGGCCCAGGUGGGCGACGCAGGGAUUUGAGUUCAUCACGGCCAUCGAGCCGGCCUUCAUCUCCGCUCUGCCCGAGGAGGACUUUGUGAGUCUGCAGACGCUCAUCAACAGCUGCAUCCUGCACGUGAUCGGGAAACCGCACAGCCCCGGCGUCGCGAUCCACAGGAACAGCCCACGCCCCAUCAGCGUGCCGCGCUGUCACAGCGACCCGCCCGUGUUCAGCGUCUCGGUGCCCAUCUCUUCCAGCCAGGACCCGAUCAGGGUGCUGAGCCUGUCGGAGGGCGACCGCCUCUCCUCCCUCAGCUGCGAGCCCUUCAAGUCGCUGAGCCGCCACUCCAGCCCCACGGAGGAGCGCGAAGAGCCGAGUUUCCCGCGGGGGGAGCCGCUCGUCGUGGCCACGUCCACCCCCGUGCGCCGCAGCUGGGAGCUGACGGGCUUCGUCAACGAGGCCAAAGAGGAGAGCUCGCGUUGCGGGCGCAUGGAGCGCGUGCGCAAGGCGAUGGCGCGCUUCGAGCAGAAGCUGGACGCGCAGAGCCAGCGACGCCGCGUGGUGGGCCGCGUGUGCAGCACGCCGCACGCCAUCAACAACCUCAUGCACGUGGGCCUCCGCAAGGUCACCUUCAAAUGGCAGAGGGGCAACAAGAUCGGUGAGGGGCAGUACGGAAAGGUGUACACGUGCGUCAACGUGGACACAGGAGAACUCAUGGCCAUGAAGGAGAUUCGGUUUCAGCCCAACGACCACAAGACCAUCAAGGAGACGGCGGACGAGAUCAAGAUCUUCGAAGGCAUCAACCACUCCAACCUGGUCCGCUACUACGGCGUGGAGCUCCACCGGGAGGAGAUGUACAUCUUCAUGGAGUACUGCGACGAGGGCACGCUGGAGGAGGUGUCCCGCCUGGGCCUGCAGGAGCCCGUCAUCCGCCACUACACCAAGCAGAUCUGCACGGCCAUCACGGAGCUGCAUGAGCGCGGCAUCGUGCACCGCGACAUCAAGGGAGCGAACAUCUUCCUGACGUCGACGGGGCACAUCAAGCUGGGAGACUUUGGGUGCUCGGUGAAGCUGAAGAACAUCUCGCAGACCAUGCCCGGGGAGGUGAACAGCACGCUCGGCACAGCCGCGUACAUGGCCCCAGAAGUGAUCACGCGGGCACGGGGCGAAGGGCACGGCCGGGCGGCCGACAUCUGGAGCCUGGGCUGCGUCCUCAUCGAGAUGGCGACAGGGAAGCGGCCUUGGCACGAGUACGAGCACAACUUCCAGAUCAUGUACCGCGUGGGCAUGGGCCACAAGCCGCCGCUGCCCGAGCGGCUGAGCCCCGAGGGGCGCGACUUCCUGGCUCUCUGCCUCGAGAGCGAGCCCAGCGACCGCUGCACGGCCAGCCAGCUGCUGGACCACGCCUUUGUCAAGGUCUGCUUGGAUCAGGAUGAAAUCUGAGCGGAUCGGUCGACGCCAACCGUGGCCUUAACCCCGCGUGACCUCCGGCGACCUGCGGUGACCUCCGGCGACCUCCGGCACGCGGCGUCACCGCCGGACAGAUUGCCCCCCCCCCCCCCUCCGUCAUCGCCGGCUGCUCCACCGGCGCCCGGCGGCGCUACGGGGGGAGGGUCUCUCACCCCCCCGACCAGACCGUGGCGCCGGUCGCGUCUCCCGCGGCGGUUCGCGAGCGCAGCGCCGACGAGCGUCGCCGGGGGCGGCGGUGAGACACGGGGGGGGGGGGGGGGCAUGGGACCCGGCACCGGACUCUUGAGCGGCGUCCGUCUGCCCCACGCCGCCGCCGCGGUGGUUGGCACCGCUGGCGCGGCACCGGCACUCCUCGAGUGUGACGGGGCCCGGCGAGCUGACGACGACGACGGCGGCGGCGACGGUGACGCAAGGGAGAGCUGGGAGGGGGUGCGCAUCACCACGCCGGGGCGCGGCAGUGCCGACCGCCGCGCACGGUGCCUACGUGAGAGCGCGGCGGUGCCGGGCGUCGCCGCGACGGUGAGCGCGUCCCCCCGGGGCUCCUCGUCUUUGGCGGCGAUUGGGGGGGGGGGCGACGUCCUCGCGGCCGCCGAGCCCGGCAAAGCGAUCGCUCUCGUCGGCUGUAGACGCCACCUGGACCCGUGGGUAGGGGGGGGGGCCGGAACGUUGCACGCCGGGCCCGCUGUGGCCACCGGCCCAAACGUAUGUCGCUCUCGUCAAUCGUCAAUCGUCGGCCCGGGGAAUCGAUUCUUGCCCCGAGGUGGCGGAGUGCGUCGGGGCGAGCCGCCCCCCUCGCCCUUCGGGCGCGUCCGUCGCCACCGCUGUCUCUCUCCCCCCCCGCCCCCGUCCCUCGUGCAGCGUGAAUUGUAAAUAGUCGUUGCGUGUUCCGGUCGCCCCUCUCUCUCGAUGUCGACACGGUUGUUGCCCAAGUGGCUCGCGGCGCCGUUGCCACAGUCGUAACGGGGCAAGCCAUCGGGCGGGCCGCACGCACAUGCACGCACACGCACACGCACAUGCAUGCACACGCACGCACAUGCACGCACGCACACGCACGCACAUGCAUGCACACGCACGCACGUGCACGCACGCACAUGCACACGCACGCACAUGCACACGAACACACAAAUACGCACACGCGAACACACGUGAACGCACAUACACGCACGCACACACACGUACACACGCAUACACGUACACAAACAUGCAUAGACACGCGUACACACACACACGCGCACACACGCACACAUGAAGAAACACGCACACUCCACACCCUAGCCCCCCUCAAAGGGAAGUAUUACGUCACCUACCCAGCCCCUCCCCCCAUCAUCUCCCCGUUCUCUACCUCAACGUGCCCCCCGCCCCCUCGUAAAGCCCUCCCUCCCUCCCUCCCUCCCUCCCUCCCUCCCUCCCUCCCUCCCUCCCUCCCUCCCUCCCUCCCUUCCUCCCUCCCUCCUCUCCCUCCGUGCUACUUAGACUUAGCCCCCCACCUGAACUGCUGGUGGGGGGGGUGUGGGGACGUUUGGUCGAUGCAGCCUCCCAGUGUCUACCACCCCCCCCUGCCAUCCCAGCUGUUGCCCACAGAACGUCACUCCCACACUGAGGCGCCCCUCCCCUCUCUCCUUUCCUCAGCCACUCGGUUCCAUCGCUGCACAACCUCCACGCCUGUAAAUGAUGACUCGUGGCGGUGUUUGUUGUUGUUGUUGUUUGUUGUUGUUUUUUGUUUGUUGAUGCUGCUGCUGACGACGUUUACCAGCCGCGCGGGUUUGUUUGACCGCGCGGCGCGCCGAAGCGUCGUGCCGUGAGGAGUGCACAAAGUGGUCGGUGCCAGACCAGGCCUCGGAUCUCAUUUUAGCAACUCGUUUUUAUUUUAGCGAGUGACGGUUCGCGACCGCCGCUCCGCGACUUGGCGACGAGUGAAACCGAAGGUCCGGAUGUGGUCGGGCGGGGUCCGGUGGGCACAAGAGAAACGGAUGUCAGGGGUCCCCCACGAGGUGACCCCCAGGAGCGCCAGCUGCUGCUGCUGCUCCUGCCGCCGCCGCCGCCGCUAAACAGAUCCGUGGCCUAUUGCGGACAAACCUGAAGUGAGAAAUGUCCCCGUGAUGAACCCAACCAUGUAAAUAGGAGCCGGUGGAUUGGUUCGUUUGUACUUUGGAUGUUUUAUGCAACCGUCCUUGUUUGCGUGCGCCGGGCGGGCGGACGGAGCAGUGGGCGCGGCGCGGAUUUUGAGCCGCGCGGUUCCGCGAGCGACUCGGUUUGCGCUCCUCGUGGGGGCGGGCGUGUGGACCCCCCGUCUGUGGAGGAGCCACCCCGAGUCUCUCCCUCCCGCUGUGUGCACGAGAGCUGUCGUCUCCACCACCCCCCCCCCUCCACAGAUCGAGACUCUUGACGACCGUGUAGGCGACGAAGCUCUUCGAGCGAUCCGUUAGUCGGCGAUUUGACGACACGCGUGGGUCCACGUCGUCACGUGGGUCCACGUCACACGUGGGUCCACGUCGUCAUACGAGGGUCCACGUCGUCACGCGUCCCUAACCCCGGAAGGUUCGACGGCGACGUGGGCUCACGAAGUCCGAUUACCGCGCGGUUACGAAGCGAGCCCCCCCCCCUCCCCCCGCGUGCGCGCUGCGACGUCGGAAUCACUGUCUGCGUUUUCGCGAUGAAACUUGAAUCGAUGGGCGCUGCUGCCGCUACUGCUGCUGCUGCUGCGACCGCUGUGUGUGGCUGCUCGCGCGGUGCGGAGACGGGGCGUGGUGGACUGUGUUGAGCCGCGAGCUUGAACCGGCGUCCACUCUGAGCUACGGAAAUCUAUUUAGUUGGAACCGCAACGGUGUAACCGCUAUUGGCCAAACAAAUCUCGCAGUGCUGCAAAAAUUACCCGCAAAUGACUCGGCUAGGAUCUCGCACACAGCAGCAGCCACAUCAUCGCCUCCCCGACUGCGAAAUCUUAGCAGGGCCCCCCGCCAGAAGCGUCGUCGCACGGCAUCGCCGGCGACGACGCCGUCGGAAAGAAGACGCCGCCGUUUGCGAAAUGCCCAAAAUGGUGGCGAAGUUUCCGAGGUUAGACAAGCAAAAAUGUGUACAGCCGAAUCUCAUCGCUGGGCGUGAAGUCAAAUAUCAAUCCACUGCCUGGGAUCGGCCGUCCAUUCCCGACACCCGUUCCUCCCUCCCUCCCGCGCGCACUGCGCUGACUCUAGUUGUGGUGGUGGUGGUGGUGGUGUAAAAGCGUUCGUUUUAAAAUGGUCGUAGAGUUUGGAGCUGUCGGUCGACGCAGCGCGAGAAUCAUUUUACAGGGCGGGGGGGUGGGGGGGGGUGCCGUUUGUAAAGGCCAGAUACAUUUUUACAACAAGAAUGAUACCUUCGAUUGGUAAUGUAAAAAAAGAUUUAAAAUAAGAAGCAUAACCAAGAAGAUAAAUAUAUAGCGGAUGAUGACAAUGAUUGUUGUUGUUGUGUAAGAUAUAGAACUUAGGUGUCUCGUACUCUGAACGACGCUGGACGGCCACGCGUUGAGCUCCCGUGAGCUGGUGGUCUAGGCAAGGCUGGCGGCACGCGCACCGGCUGCGGGCGAGCGAGCGACUAAGCAGCGCGACCUCUCUCGGCGUUUCACUUUUAUUUUGGCGGGGGCAGGGGGGGGGUUGUUUUAGUUCCGUUGUUUUGUUUUCUGAUCUUCCCCCCCCCCCCCCCCGAAAGCUUUAUCUCAGAGGACAAAAAAAAUCUAAAUAUAUAAAAUACCUCCCAGCGAUCGUGCCUUCACAACCAAACCCACGCCCGGUUACCCAGCCGCGUGUAAACAACCUCCUCAAUCUAUUCUCGUUUUUUGUUGUUUAAUUUACCGCGGCCGCCGCCGCCGCGAUUAUUCGCGUCGGGCAAGCGCCCGCGCUGGAACGUCGCGACCGAGGCCACGGCGUCCGCAGAGACGAGGCCCCCCCCCCCCCCCCGGCGAGCCCCGCGCGGGGCAGCUCACCCGCUCGCCACGGGCUGCCGCGCGUGACCGCGCCCCGGUUCCCCCGUCACCGCCGCAGGUUCGAGUGACCGCGGCAGUGACGGCCAAACGCCUGGGACCCGUGGGGGGGGGGGGGUCCGACGUCGACACCAUCGUGUACAGGAAGUUAGUGACUAAGUGUUCAUUGUUAGACUCUGCAGGGUACUCCGCGCGGCGUCACACGGUCGCCGACGCCGCUUUAGCCGGGGCGCGCGCCACCGCGCCGAGCGUCGUGCGGCGGAAUGGGCCGAUGCCGGCAGCGGAUGAGGGGUCGGGGAAGCUUCCAUGCCUCUCUGUAUUACCACAAUUCAAGUGCAAUUCAUGAUAAAAGCUAC